UGUGACCGGUCAGCAAGCGGCAGGGAUGCGAAACACCGGCUCCGCCUGCUAAAGAUGAAGGAACCUCCCCCAAACAGCGACACAGCACAAAAAUUCGUUUAGAAACUAAUUCAAACUCCAGCCCGAGUCUUCACCACCAGUUUCCAGUAUACUUACACUGUGGGGCAGCGGGGUUUCAAUCCAGGCUUUGUUCAAAAAGUUGCCACAGUGAAAGUGAUAUCCAACAAGGCGGCGGCUGGUCUGGGGGAUUCCGAAGAAAGGAAAGCAGAGAUAUCAGGUCGUCUGGAACCUUGGAAGGAACAAAAGGACACAAUGUCUAAACCCAAUUACACCGGCACGUUUUAUAUGGUGGAGCAGGAGAAUAUGGACGCGUACCUGGAAGCUUUAGAUAUUAAUUUUGCUCUGAGGAAGAUUGUGUGUCUGUUGAAACCCACCAAAGUGAUCAGCCACAAUCCAGACACAGGGGCCAUGAAAAUCCGCACACUCACCACUUUCAAGAACUUCAACAUGGAUUUCACUAUUGGAGAAGAAUUUACUGAGGACCUGGGGCCGGUGGAUGGACGUACCUGUCAGACUACAGUGAAUUGGGAAGGAGACAAGCUGGUGUGUGUACAGCGAGGCGAAAAAGAGGGACGAGGCUGGACACACUGGCUGGAGGGUGACAAGCUGCAUUUGGAGAUGAGAGUUCAAGGGGUGGUUGCCAAGCAAGUCUUCAAGAAGUCUGACUGAAGUCGUGUGAAAUGAGAAUAACCUCAUUUUAUUCUUAAUAGAAGAUAAAUGUCUAUAGCAUUUUUAUUGUCCUCAGUUUUUUGAUCUAUCACACCAAAACUGAAUAUCUGAAACUACACACAGUUUUAGUAGUUUGUCUGAUGGUGCUGAUUCAGAAGAGAACAGCAGAGCCGAAUGACGUGUGUAGACAUUCCCAACGUAGUUCCUGAUAUUGCACUAUCUACUGUCACAAUGUUAUAAACAAAUCGUAUAUCUGUCGGGCCUCAGUGCUGCUUCUUUAAUACACCAGGUUAUACUGCAAGGUUUACAAUUUCAGAAGCCUGUUUAUGUGUGUGCUAAAAGUCGUAAACACUGAAAUUCUCAAGUCAAAAUUUGCACUACAGUGUAGUUUAAAAAAAAGGCUUAACAAAAUCUAUCAGUUUACAUGUACAAUUCACAAUCUAUAUCACUGGCUGAAUUUGGAACAGUACAAGUUAGAAGUCUUUUAAAUAAUAAUUACAAAGGCAUAGUUUAAAUUAAAGGAUAAUAUUAGAAUUAUAUUGUUUUUCUUACUGUCAAUAAAUCUAAAGCCAACAAUGUUUGUGGUUCUCACACCAAUUGUUCCUAAUUAAAAUAUAGAUCUUUAGUUCUUUUCGAAAGCAGCUUACAGAGAUGCUAAAACUGUUGGCGAGCAAUGAAAUAUUUUCCGCUGUGGAUUAAUACACAUUUCACUAGAUACAGUAUGUACAGCAGCAAAAUGGUGUAUGUGGGACUGACUCUGAAACAACUGCAGUGACCAGGUUUAUUAUAAUGAACAAACAUGUCACACAAUCCGACAGUAACUCACUAAUGAG